CCAUGCCCUCGGUACCCGUGGAAUCUGGGGCACCCGCAGGGAUGGAGGCGUGGUCGUGGGCUUGGCGGCGACGUGACCGACGACUACCCCAUUUCUCGGAUCUUGUAUAUUAAGGGCUUGUCACCAUGCGGCUCAACAACCUCGUCACCGUCCUCUCCGCUCUGGCCCCCUUGGCCUCAGCCUCUCCUCUCGGCGCCCUCGGCCUUGCCUCGUGGGAUAUCGAAGGCUACGCCAAAGAAAACCCGGUCGGAGGGACUACGACCGGCGGCAAGGGCGGCACCAAAGUGACCGUCACCAGCCCUGCCGAGUUCAGUGCAGCCGUUGCCGGCGACGAGCCCAAGAUCGUGUACGUCAAGGGCGAGUACAACUUCACGGCCGGCCGUCCCAAGAUUGGGUCCAACAAGUCCGUCAUUGGCGUCGGAAAGUCGGCUCACAUCACCGGCAAGGGCCUUGACGUGAUCAACGCGACCAAUGUCAUUAUCCAAAACCUCAAGAUCACCAACAUCCUGGAUAAUGACUGCAUCACCAUCCGCAACUCAACACGGGUGUGGGUGGACCACAAUGAGUUCUCGUCCAUCUUCGACGUGAACAUCGGACCGGACUAUACCGACGGGCAAGUCGACAUCAUCCGCGCGUCCGACUACAUCACCGUCUCGUGGAACUACUUCCACGACCACUGGAAGUCGUCCCUGGUCGGCAACGACGACAAGCUGCGCGACGUCGACUUCGGCCAUCUCCACGUCACCUACCAUCACAACUACUGGCGCAACAUGGGCACCCGCGGCCCGGCCGGCCGCUUCGGCCACCAGCACGUCUACAACAACCUCUACGUCGACUUCCAUUACCAGGCCAUCCACUCACGCUCCGACAACCAGGUGCUCGUCGAGGGCAACGUCUUCCGGGGCGACACCCGCGAGGCUCUCAGCACGUACGGUCUCGUCAUCCCCGAGGACUCGCCGAACACGUGCGUCUGUGGUGAUGAGGAGCUGGAUGGGUUCGCCAACCUGGGAGCCAAGAACGAUUGGGGCAAUGCUGGCGUCAACAUCACCCGGGUGGGCACCUUCACGAAGGCGCCCUACAAAUACAAGUUGACCCCGCUGCCGCUGGUGGCUACCAUUGUCAAGUUGGGCGCUGGUGUUGGCAAGAUCUGAUCAGGUCUAAGCCUCUGUGGAGCUGCAAAUCGCAGGGUGCAAGACGCUGCGGCGGCCUGGAUUACAUUCGAGAGAGCUGGGUGUUUCCACUGUAUAUAUUCACUUCUUAAUGAUACACUUAGUGAUAUGCCAUUUUUCCAUGAUUUCCCAC